AGCAGGGUAGAAGAAAAGGAGAGAGAAGAGAGAGAAAAAAAAAGAAGAAAAAUGGAGGAGUCAGUCUUAAAGCUUUUAGAGACAGGAAGCGACCAGGACUUCAUUCGGCUUUUGAAGGAAUUUGCGUCGAAGUAUGAGCAGCAGUUCACCCCAGUGGGAUUAUCACAGCAAUGCACCGAGCGACUGUGGAAUGUGAUUAUGGGGCGAUUAAGCGACCCGGCAGCAAGUGUCACCCACCAGACCUGCCUUUCUGUGAUCAGAAUACUCAGUCGAGACAAACAGUCCUUAAACAACGUGAUUGACAGCGACAGGCUUGCAGUCAUCGUGCGUCUGGCAGGUCUUGUCCCUGAGGAAGAGGCCCUGCAACGGCUUAAUCAACAAAUUAAUUAUGACGUGGUGACAGAGGCCCAGAAAUGUCUGAGCAAUCUGCUAUACAACAGCUCGGCGAUCCAGCGCAUGUGCUGUGUCAACAGCUGCAUCCCGGGCCUCAUGUGUCGCCUGAAGACCUUCAAAGACCCAGAUCUGCCGCAUCUUGUCAAGUACUUUGAUAUGAGGCUGCUCUUCCUGCUGACGGCUUUCUGUGGAGAUAUUAGACCACGGCUGAGGUCAGAGUACCAUGGGCUGACUUACCUGAUCGAGAUCCUAGACCUGUCACUUAAAACGGCCCAGGAGGAGAGCGAGGUGCAAUCCAUUAACGGCUACCUCCCCAAUCCCAUUAUCUUCAAUGAUGAGCAGGCAGAGCUGGUUAAUGAGGUUCUCAAAGUCCUGUACAACCUGGUACUUCACAUCGACAAAAACAGCCCAGACGAGGAGGAGGACAGCCACUGCUUGCGUCUUAUCAGCAUCCUACGCUAUCUUCUCCUGGCCUCCACCCGCUGCCCUGAGAAGACAGAUUCCCUGCACAGCAACACGGUCAACCUGCUACUAGUGAUGCCUCCUAAGAUGUAUGAGGAACUGCUGUGUGACAUGCCACAGGCCUCUGAGUCCCCUAUGCCUCCCCCAGCCCCCACUGUGGUUACUACCCAGCCUACUGCAGGGGCAACAGCUCUCAUGGAGGCUGCAUGCUUCACUGAAGUAGAUUCUGAUCUCAGCAAACAGAACGAGCGAUCAUGCGAGUAUGACGGCAAAGACAUGACAGCCAUCAUUAAGCUGCUGGACUUCCUUGAUUCCAGAUUGAAGUCGCCUGGCCAGUCAUCGAGCAAGAGCCUGAUGCCCAUUCUCACCCUGAUGGUUGAGAUGACGCAGGCCAACCGCACCAUCCGCAAGUUCAUCCGACUCCGCAUUCUGCCACCCCUAAGGGAUGUGAGCAAGAGACCAGAGGAAGGCCACACCAUCCGCAACAAGCUGUGCUCACUCAUGACCUCUCCCCUGCACGACCUCAAGCACCUCUCGGCAAAUUUCUUGUUUAUUUUGUGCAAGGAGAGUGUUGACCGGCUGAUUAAAUACACGGGAUACGGCAAUGCAGCAGGUCUCCUCGCCUCUCGUGGCCUGAUGCUAGGAGGAAGCAAGCCGACUAUCGACUACUCUUCAGACUCUGAGGAUUCGGACACGGAGGAAUACGAGCGAGUUAAGGACAUGAUCAACCCAGUUACCGGCCGCUACGAGCCCCCUCGACCGUCGCCACUCGAUGGAAUGACGGAUGAACAGAAGGAACACGAGGCCAUGAAACUAGUCAAUGUGUUGGAUAAGCUCACCAGAAACAACAUCAUCCAGCCGUGCCGCAUAGGGGAUGAUGGAAAGCCGCACCCAGUGGAAAGCGUCAUGGAACUGCAAGAAGGGCUGGGAGUCCUGCCAACGGGAGACCACAACAACGACUCUGACGACCACAAUAACGAUUCUGACUAAGGUUGCACUGCUUCCUAAUACUGGCCUAGUGACUGGCUAACUGGCUUUUUUAAUUUAUUAUUAUUAUUAUUUUUUUAUCUCUCACUUUCUCAAUCUCAAUGAUUCUCUUGUUUUUAUUACUUCUGAUAAGUCUGGACUUUAUAAAGCCUAUAUUUUAAAAGUUUAUUUCAAUUUAGAAGAUUGUGGCAAUUUAGGGCACCUUGUUCAUAAUUCUUGUGGACAAAGUUGUUAAAUGAAAAUGCAAUAUUGCAUGGGUAUGAAGCGAUGUGAACAGGCUUGUUUUUAAAAAGAAAUUCA